UGUACCUGCCCCUGCUACAAGUUCUGCCUCAACAGCUGAAUGAUCCUCAUUCUGAACAGAUGAAUGUGCCUCUGCCUCAGUAAGGGAAAUUAGUGAGAAGGAAGAUUUGAACCUUUAAUAUAGCCACAUUCACCUUCUGACCCAGCACUGGUGGUGGCAGACAUGCAUGGCUAGUGUGGGCAGCUUUCCUGACUGAGACACCUGGAACUACAGCUUUAUCUAACCAACACUUCAUGGGCAUUCUCUAAAUCCAGCUAAGCAGAAUCAAACUGACACCACUUAGGAUCUCCAUAUUGUGUCAUCAAAACCUCAUGGUCAAAACUAGGCCACCAGUAGGACAAAUGUCUUCAGUGGUUGCUCCAGCUAAAGAUUCAAAUACAAUGGACCCUAAGGAGGUGGAGCUCAUCCUUGUUAAAGAGCAGAAUGGAGUUCAGUUCACUAAUUCUGCACUUGUUAGUCCAUCCCAGAUUAACACUGAGAACGGAGAAAGAGAAACAUGGAGCAAGAAGAUUGACUUUCUCCUCUCUGUUAUUGGAUUUGCUGUGGAUUUAGCCAAUGUGUGGAGGUUUCCAUAUCUUUGUUACAAAAAUGGUGGAGGUGCAUUUCUGGUCCCCUACAUGUUUUUUAUGGUUAUUGCUGGCAUGCCACUCUUUUACAUGGAGCUAGCCCUUGGACAGUUCAACAGAGAAGGAGCUGCCGGAGUAUGGAAAAUAUGUCCUAUAUUCAAAGGGGUUGGAUAUACAGUCAUUUUGAUAUCUUUAUAUGUUGGCUUUUUUUAUAAUGUCAUUAUCGCAUGGGCUCUGCAGUAUCUAUUUUCCUCCUUUACCUCGGAAUUACCUUGGAUUCACUGUAACAAUUCCUGGAACAGUCCCAAUUGUUCUGAGACAAAAUACAGCAACUUCAGCGACUACAUCAAUGACACUUAUAAAGUCACACCUGCUGCUGAAUACUUUGAGCGAGGUGUUCUGCAUGUGCAUGAAAGCCAAGGGAUCCAUGAUUUAGGCUUGCCUCGCUGGAAACUGACAUCAUGUCUUUUUGUUGUGAUUGUGUUCCUUUACUUCAGCUUAUGGAAGGGAGUGAAAACAUCUGGCAAGGUAGUGUGGAUAACAGCCACAAUGCCUUAUGUAGUGCUAAUAGCUCUCCUUCUACGUGGUGUAACUCUUCCUGGAGCAAUCGAUGGCAUUAAAGCAUAUCUCAGUGUAGACUUUCUAAGGCUGUGUGAAGCUUCGGUUUGGAUUGAUGCGGCAACACAGAUCUGCUUCUCGCUUGGUGUUGGGUUUGGUGUGCUAAUUGCGUUUUCCAGUUACAACAAGUUUACAAACAACUGCUAUAGAGAUGCGAUUAUCACUACUUCUGUCAACUCCCUGACAAGUUUUUUCUCUGGCUUUGUCAUUUUUUCAUUUCUGGGAUAUAUGGCACAAAAGCACAAUGUACCUAUUGGUGAUGUAGCAAAAGAUGGACCUGGGCUGAUAUUUAUUAUAUAUCCUGAAGCUAUUGCAACUCUUCCAUUAUCUUCAGUUUGGUCUGUUAUAUUUUUUAUUAUGCUUCUCACUCUUGGGAUUGACAGUGCAAUGGGAGGAAUGGAAUCAGUCAUUACUGGUCUCAUUGAUGAAUUUAAGUUUCUACGCAGACAUCGGGAGCUGUUUACACUUGUUAUUGUUCUGUGCACGUUUUUCAUAUCUCUAUCCUGUGUAACCAAUGGUGGAAUUUAUGUUUUUACAUUACUGGACCAUUUUGCUGCUGGCACAUCUAUACUUUUUGGAGUACUCAUAGAAGCCAUAGGGAUUGCAUGGUUUUAUGGUGUUGGGAGGUUCAGUGAUGACAUUGAGAAAAUGAUUGGGAAAAGACCAGGCCUGUAUUGGAGGUUGUGCUGGAAGUUUGUUAGUCCAUGCUUUCUAUUGUUUGUAGUUGUGGUCAGUAUUGUAACUUACAGAUCUCCAAAGUAUGGAAACUACACAUUCCCUGAAUGGGCAAAUGUAAUUGGUUGGCUAAUUGCCAUUUCAUCUAUGGCCAUGGUGCCACUGUAUGCCAUCUAUAAAUUUUCUAGCCUUCGUGGAUCCUUUCGUGAGAAAAUUGCUUAUGCUAUAACACCGGAAAAAGAAUAUGAACUCAUUGAACAUGGAGAAAUUCCUCAGUUUACUCUUCAACACUGGCUAAAUGUAUAAAAUACUAUAUAUGGUGUGACAAAAGAACAAGGUUGAAGCUGAAGAUUGGCCUAGAAAGAUUAAGGGAAAGAGAAAAUUCUUAAGAAACUAUGGGAUGAUGUUUACUGCUGCCAAGAGAAGAUGGAAUGUUUACAUGGUGUGUUCUGGGUUAAGAGAUAGGUAUUGUGCCCAUUGUGUUUUGGUGAACGUAGUUUACUCACUUAUUUUGGUACACUACUCUAGUUUUCUUUACCUAAGUACCCAGCUUUUUAUGGGUGAAUUCAAAGACAAACUAUGAUAAUACACUAAACCUUGCACAGUUACAAUAUAAGAUGACUGUUAAUGUGAUAGAAUUAUAUUGCUCCAAAACAAUGUUAUUUUUUUCAGAAGAUUAAUUAAUACUGAAACUGACAUUUCACAUAUAGAAAAACUAUAACUGACCAAACUGGAGCAUAUGUAAUUGAACAAACUUUUUAAAUAUGACAUUUAGGUAUAGUGAUAUAGAAUUGCUUAACUAUCUAUGGUAACUGGUUAAAAGCUGAUGUAUUAACAUCAUAUUGUAAAGUUUCAGCAUUGUUUUCAAGUUGUGUGUUUUCUUGUGUACUGUAUGUAAUCCUGCAUAUCAAAAAUGUCAUUAACAAUGUUUUUCCAAUCAAUGAAGAUAAACGUUUAAUCCUUCAUGUAGAGCAAUUAAUGAUUUUAUUAUAUAAUUAACAUUUAAUAAACAUUUUAGGGGUUUCACUGAAAUACUAGUUCAUUCAUGUUUGAAAAGUGAUUUGUAUGAUUUGAAGAGAACUGUAAUCCAGCUAUUAAUAAAUGUUAUUGUUAUACGAGUCAUCUAAUAUGUAAAACCAGCUUCACCCCAAACUGCCAUGAUUUCUGCAUAUAACAAGAUUACUAGUAUGGUCUUUUUUUAAAUUAUGGUCUUGUUUUAACUUUAAGGAGAAGGAAAGGCACUCUUUACUUGGGGAUGCCAAAAGUUAGGCACCCCACAAGCAAUUGUACUCUAUAUACCUCCCACCCCAGACUGGCUCCUAUCAGGAGAAAACUGCACCAGCAUGGGGCUCUUCCAGUGAGUACCAAGGAGAGACUGGCUUCCGGCUUCCUCUUUCUUUGCGCGGGUGCGUGUGCGCAGUAGCAUGAAAAGCCAAACUUUAACAAAGAAGUUGGCUAUUUCGUUCAACUGUGCAUGUGUCUCCCCCGGGAAAUUUGAAGAAGGAAGCCAAUCGCUCUGUGGUCCCCCCGGACCGGUGCAGUUUUUUCCUGAUAGGAGCACCGGCCUGGGGUGUGGGGUUAGUAUAUAUAAUCAUUUGGGGGUGCCUAACUUUUGGCACACCCAAUUAAAUAUGCCUUUCCUUCUCCUUCCUUCUCAAACUGUUCCUUUGAAAUAUUUCUUCAAUAAAGCUAUACAAUGAAAGUGUACAUUGCACACAAUCAAGCUAUGGUUCAGAAAUGACAAAUCUUACUUAUGGUGGAUACUACUGGUGGAUUCUGAAAAUUCUGCAUUGCGAUCCCCAGUAUCCAAUAUCCUGGAAAUGGUCGUCCAAAAAUGCAAACCUCUUUAUUUCUAUAUGAUUACGUUUAUGUAUAUUAUUUGCCUUGUGAUUUUUUUUCUUGGCUCAUUAAUAUAAAACAAGAGAGUCACACUGUGCUAAAACUCAAAAGCUGUUAGGCCAAUUAAUUGGACAAGAAACUGAAAAUUCCAACAGCAGGGGAUGGUGAAAUUCUUGUUUGAGGAUGCUACCAAUAGAAGAUUGUCCAUUGUUAAACUUAAAAUUAAACAAGAUUUAACAGUAUGAAACAUAUAGCAGUUACUCUUUUUUGGAGGUUAAGUCUCACUAAAUAUUCAUUCUUCUCAGCCGAUGACUGUCAAGUAUCUGCCACUGUUUGUCCAAUUAGCGAUGCACAUGCACAGUAUAGCCACCUGUUGAACAACCCUGCUCUAGUUACAACUCACUGCAGCAGAGUCAAGCUGACUUCCCACAGUCACUGUAAGGACUAUGGCUUGUUUUGUAUUUUGACCAGUACUACUUGUAUCAGCAGUCAAUGCACCAACACAUGCCCCAGAAUGCAUCCAUUCACUUGAAUAGGCAGUAUUUAGGAGAGCAUAGAAUUGUGAUGAAAAUAUAUAUUUUUAAUUAAAAGCAUGCAUAUGCAAGUGUGUUUUACAUAUGAUCUGUAUCUGUGAUAUAUUUUUAUAAAGACCAAUGUUUAGGGGUAUAGUUGGACUUUGCUUUAUGCUUGAAGCAAGCUAUAUAGGGUUGGGCUGUAGCCCAGACACUUGAUAGUUUUUAUAAUCUGCUACAGCCAUGCUUUCCAACAUGGUGUGGGUUGAUAUCUCAUAUAGCAUGUUCAAUAGCCAGAUUAAAUCAAAAUGAUGGUCGUUUGGGAGAGACAAGUCUUAACUUCUAUGGCCACCUUUUGCAUGAAUAGAAGAGCGGGGAGACGCAUUUAUAGACAUCCUGAGUUUAGUGGUUUUAGAAACUUUAAAAUGUUCUCUAAAACCAAAAAUGA